UCACCUUGCUGAGCGAAAUGAGCUUGCUGAGAGUUCGCCAUAAAAAUUGCACUUGGGCAAAGCUUUCGCCGAGUUGCUUUGCUUUAGUUGUAACGCGCUUGCUUGGGGAGCAGCAUGUGGACGCCGCUGUUGCUGCUGCUUAUCUUGGCUGCACUUAUCUAUGCACGACUGCGUCAGCAUUAUGCCUACUGGCGCCGCCGUGGCGUGGCGGAGGAGCGUCCGCUGCUGCUGCUUGGGAACAUGCGCGGCUUUGCGCGUAGCGUGCACUGGGUGGACAUCAAUCAGCGCAUAUACAAUUUGUUUAAGGAGGAGCAGCGCUACUGCGGCUUCUAUACGUUCUUUAGCAAGGCGUUCUUUGUGCUGGAUCUGGAGCUGAUACGGCAUAUAAUGGUGAGCGACUUUAGCAGCUUUCAGGAUCGCGGACUGUUUCAUAAUGUGCGCGAUGAUCCGUUGACUGGGAAUUUGCUGUUUUUGGAUGGCGCCGAGUGGCGCUGGCUGCGCAAACAACUGACGCCGGUGUUUACGUCGGGCAAGAUGAAGUUUAUGUUUCCCACAAUGGUGCAGGUGGGUGAGCAAUUGGCGCAGACGGCAGCGCAGCUGUUGGGCGAGUUUGAAGCAAAGGAUUUAUGCGCGCGUUUCACAACCGAUGUGAUUGGCAGCUGCGCUUUUGGACUGGAGUGCAACAGUCUUGCGCAACCCAACUCGGUGUUUCGCCAAAUGGGUCGCUCUGUGACUGAGAAUCCGCUGCAUCAUAGCAUAGUGCAGGCUUUUAUGUUUGCGCAGCCGGCGCUAGCCAGAAAGCUGCGUCUGCGUUUAUUCCGCGCCGAGGUGAGCGAGUUCUUUAUGUCCACAGUGCGUCAAACUCUAAACUACAGACAACGCGAGCAGCUUAAGCGCAACGAUCUUAUACAGCUGCUAAUGGAGCUGGCAGCACAGCCUGAGUCCUCGCUAAGUUUUGAGCAAAUUGCUGCACAAGCUAUGGUGUUCUUUUUGGCUGGCUUUGACACUUCCUCCACCACCAUGUCCUUUUGCCUUUACGAGCUGGCGCUGCACACAGAAAUACAACAAAAGCUGCGCGCUGAAAUUCAAAGCACACUGGAGCGUCAUCAACAAAAACUAAGCUAUGAUUGCCUGCAGCAAAUGUCGUAUCUCGAUCUGGUGCUGGCUGAGACGCUGCGUAAAUAUCCCAUCUUGCCACAUUUGCUGCGGCGUGCCACAAAGCGCUACCAGUUGCCCGAUAGCAAGCUGGUGCUGGAGCCUGGCAUGCGUGUUAUGAUUCCAGUGCAUAGCAUACAUCAUGAUCCCGCAAUUUAUCCGGAGCCAGAGCGUUUUGAUCCCAGCCGCUUUACGCCCGCAGCUGUGCGAGCGCGUCAUCCGUUUGCUUAUUUGCCCUUUGGCAGUGGACCACGCAAUUGCAUUGGCCAACGCUUUGGUCAGCUGCAGGUGAAGAUUGGGCUUGUGUCGCUGCUGCGCGAGUAUCGCGUUGAGGGCUGCACGCGCACGCAGAUUCCGCUGGAGUUUGCCAAGCGCAAUUUUCUUAUAACUGCCGAGUCGGGUGUGCACUUGACGCUCAAGAGAUUGCAAGAUGAUUAGCUGAAAGUAAUUAAUUAAAAUUUGUAUUAAGUUAGGUCAGUCAAUCAUAAUAAUCAGCUGUAUAGUAAAAAAGUAAUAAAAAAAGAAAUGCGCAGUAAAAAUCACAAUGUGUAAGCUUUAACAGCUGUUUUUAUUCUCUCUCGCUGCCGCUCUCUCGUUGCCGUUCUCUUGCUUCCGCAAACUCAAAGCUUACGCGCUCUCUCUCUCUCUUCGCUCUCUUUUGCAUGCCAAGAGCAAAUAUUUUUUAUUGCUUGCUGUUGAUCAAAGCUUCGGCACUAAGUGCAACGAAUGU